CUGGAGACGGGCACUACACAGACAAGACACACACACUUAUAAAUAAACAAAAAGCGAAACCUCCAUCUUUUUACAUAUAAAGAUCAUCAUCCAACAAGAAGAAGAUGAAGAUGAUCGUGAUGGUUAUGAUGAUGAUGAUGAUGAGUGAAGGAAGUAUGAUAGAUCAAACAUGUAAACAGACACCAGACUUCAAUCUCUGUGUCUCUCUACUCAACUCCGACCCACGUGGCUCUUCUGCCGACAUCUCUGGCCUCGCUCUCAUCCUCAUCGAUAAAAUCAAGGUUCUGGCGACAAAGACCUUAAACGAAAUCAACGGUCUAUAUAAAAAGAGACCGGAACUAAAACAGGCUUUAGACCAAUGUAGUCGAAGAUACAAAACGAUCUUAAAUGCUGAUGUUCCCGAAGCCAUCGAAGCUAUCUCUAAAGGAGUCCCUAAAUUUGGCGAAGAUGGUGUGAUCGACGCCGGGGUAGAAGCUUCUGUUUGUGAAGAAGGGUUUCAAGGGAAAUCUCCGUUGACUAGUUUAACCAAAUCAAUGCAAAACAUCUCUAGUGUGACUAGAGCCGUUGUGAGAAUGUUGCUUUGAUUUUAUCUUCUUAUAAGGUUUAUAUGUGUUUGAUUGGGAUGUUAUCCUCUUCAUAAAAAUAAAAAAAUAUGAGAAGCAGAGUUAACUCCAAUGAUAUAUAUAUAUAACCAUAUAUUCAUGUUAA